CAAUUCCUCUUCAUUUUCAAACAGAGUCUUUAGCCGUCUUCUCUUCUGGUUUCACAUCUCCGUUCAGAUUUAUCAAACGCUUUCACACCCAACAACGCCUUCAAUUCUCUCCUUUUAAUAAUGGAAGUCUCUGCAUUCUCUUUUCUUAAUCAGGAAGAUUACAACAACAACAAUAUGGUCGACCAAGACAUUAAUAAUAAUGGAAAUAACCCAAUUAUGAAGACAACAACAGAUUUUGAUACUGAAUCAUCAGACAAAGCAGCGCCGUCCUUCGAUGAAAUCCUCGCAACAUUUACGCACAACAACUGGGCUGUAGACACCGGUUUCGAUUCAUUCACCAAUCAGAUACCUCAACCCAUUAAUGAUUAUGUCGAUAACUCACAUGGGUCAUCGUCAUUUUCUGAUUUCAAAGAUAACAAGAACAACAAACGGUCUCGCAAGGAAACCCCCGAAAGCAGCAGCGGCCAACACCAACAGCAAAGGAGAUUGUGGGUGAAGAACAGGUCGAAUGCGUGGUGGGAACAGUGUAAUUCACCUGAUUUCCCUGAAGAUGAAUUUCGGAAGGCAUUUCGGAUGAGUAAAUCGACUUUCGAAUUGAUAUGUAACGAGCUCGAUUCAGCUGUCACUAAGAAGAACACGAUGCUUCGCCUUGCAAUACCAGUCCGGCAACGCGUCGCCGUAUGCAUAUGGAGGUUGGCGACUGGGGAGCCUCUGCGUCUCGUCUCGAAGCGAUUCGGGUUGGGAAUUUCAACCUGUCAUAAGCUAGUACUCGAGGUUUGUUCCGCUAUUAAAACUGUUCUCAUGCCCAAAUUCCUGCAAUGGCCAGACGAAAACAAAUUGAACGAAAUCAGAUCUGAAUUCGAAUCCAUUUCAGGGAUUCCAAACGUUUGUGGAUCGAUUUACACAACCCAUAUCCCAAUUAUAGCUCCUAAGAUAAGCGUGGCAGCCUAUUUCAACAAACGUCACACAGAGAGAAAUCAAAAGACAUCUUACUCAAUAACAGUUCAAGGCCUGGUUGAUCCGAAGGGAGUAUUCAGCGAUGUUUGUAUCGGCUGGCCGGGUUCUAUGCCGGACGAUAAGAUUCUAGAGAAAUCAGCUUUAUUACAGAGGGCAAACAACGGAGCACUGAAAGAUCAAUGGGUUGUGGGUAAUUCAAGUUACCCAUUAAUGGAUUGGCUGUUGGUUCCAUAUGGGCAUCAGAAUAUAACUUGGACCCAGCACGCGUUUAACGACAAGAUCGCGAAAGUUCAGGAGGUAGCGAAGGAGGCUUUUGGGCGAUUGAAAGGGAGAUGGAGCUGUUUGCAGAAGAGAACAGAGGUGAAGCUUAUGGAUUUGCCGGUUGUUCUUGGGGCAUGCUGCGUUUUGCAUAAUAUAUGUGAGAUGAGAGGAGAAACGAUGGAACCGGAGCUGAAAGUGGAGCUUUUUGACGACGAGAUGUCGCCGGAAAACCCAGUGAGGUCUGCCAGCUCGAUGCAGGCUAGAGAUCAGUUUGCUCAUAAUCUCUUACACCGCAAUCAUGCGGCCAGUCAUGAUCUUUAUUUUGUAGGGCAAUGAAUUGUUUUUUAUAUAAAAAAUAAAUUAAAUUUAUUAGCUAAAGAAAACUUUUAGUUUUGAAUUCUUUUAAAUUAUUAGUUUUAGGAGUUAGGAUUACAAUCUAUUAAUAAUAGGCCUUGUUCAA